UUCCCGAAACUUGUCAUUUGUUAAUUCCACUGAAACAACGACUAACCUCGUCUGAUUAAAAAUAAACUUGCUUGUAUUAAGCGUCAGUCGUUUGAAAAAUCCUGAUCUAGUCACACAGUGCCGCUGAAAACUCCUGAAAAUGGACGCCAUGGACGAGUUGUCCAACAUCACGGGCAACUUCUCCGACGAGCUGGUGGAGUCCCAAGUCCCCCUCCACGAGCGAAUCUUCCUCGAAUUGUUCACAUUGGUGGCCUUGCUCUCACUUGCCGCCAAUUCGCUUCUCAUUUUCGUCAUCGUCAAGUAUAAGAAGUUGCGAAAAGACGCCACCAAUGUGAUUUUCCUCCACGUCAACAUCCUCCAAGCUGUUUACUUCUUCAGUGCACCGCUGACGUGGCGCACGGCCAUCUACUUUUUCCUCGACUCUCCGGUGCAUUUCACCGUGUUUUGUGCCCUGUUUCAAAUCGAGGCUUGUGUGGGGGCGGCCAUUAUCGGAUUUUUGUUCCUCCUCAUCUGUGAUAGUUAUCUCAAGAUUUAUUAUAAAGAAAAAUACCGGAAAUUUUGUCGAAUUUACAAAUUUUUCAUAAUUGUGAUCUAUAUCCUCAUGUUGUGCACUUGCACGAUCACUGUCAAUGUUUGUUUCGGUAGACAUAUGUUUGCGUUUACUUAUGUUUUCAUCUUUUUUGCGAUUUGUGUUGCCAUUGCGAUUUUAAUCAUCAUUGAUAUUAUUCACGUUUUCAGGAAACGGAAAUUGACUAAUUACAAAGACAGCAAUAUUGGUUUAGUUGUUGCGAAUUUUUAUUUCUUAUUGUGGACUCCUUGUGUUAUUUUUUUGCUCACCAGUUUUAUACGUGGUCAAGGUGGACACAUUACGCUCAUACUUUUAUUUGUACUCGGAUUUACAAGUCCGAUUUUUAAUUUAAUUUAUGUUUAUUGUUGUGAUAAUAACUUUAAUGUGUUUCUGAGACAGGUGUUUACGUGUAGGUGUAAGGAAUACAAAAAUGAGGAUUUGGAAGACCAAUCUGUGGUUUAUAGUGAUGUUAAUGGCGUGCAAAUUAACGCAAAUUAAAUUAAAUCCAAUUAGAAAUUGCUGCUUUAUGAUUGUUAAAAUAAAAAAAAAUUCUUUA